UGAGUGAAUGAGCUGUUCUAAACUAUCAUAGCCUUUGACUACAAGGAAGGAUCAGAUCAACUAGUUGGGUUCAAUUAAGAAUUUGGUGUUUAGAUUAAUGCUAUGAGGUCUAUGGCAUGCAAUGUCUUUCAUCAUUAAUGCCAUUGUUUGUGAUGAUGUAAGCUCAUCUUUUGCAUUAAUGUGUACAUUUUCCAAGAUGACUAUCUUUCCAAAACAAAUAAAUUAGAGAGAGAAGGGCAGCAGUUGGUAAUUUUGAUCCACAAAACAAAAGAGUAUAAUUUUUUUUUUCAAGAAGAGAAUCCUAAAAAGUUCUGCUAUCCCAUGAGUGAGUAGUAUACUUAGUACUGUGUUUUCUCUGUUUUCAUUUCAGUAAUGAGAUGUGUACUCACUGUAUGUGUACCAUAUCAUUACUCAUAAUGGAAAUAUUUGUUUGGUUUGAGCAAGAAAAAUGGUAUUAAUUAGUGAUAGGUAUUGUCAAUCAAUGCAGAGGGAAUUCUAAGAUUUUCAUUUUCUUUUUAUCCUUUUAUUUUUCAAAUUUAAAAGCAUAUUAGUACAACACAAACACAAUACACAAAACAAGGAAAAGAAAGAAAAAAACAAUGGAAAAGUGUAAAAGAGAAAAAAAAAAAAAAAGGAAUUUAAGGGUACAGAUCGUUUUGUUUGUUGUCGUUUUCUUCUCAGCCUUGACACAAGUGUGGUCCACAAUAAGAGGAUCUUAGAGGCCAAAAUGGAUAAUAAUAGAUAGAUUCUUCUUGUAAGAGUCUUUUGAUAGUGAUCCUACAUUAUGAGAAAGAUUAAUCUAAAUACUCAAGCUAGUAUAGUAUAAAGCAUAUUUUUCUCAAAUAAUAAAAUACAUGAAUAAAGAAAAUCUAAGUCGGAAGAGAGUAAAGAGGGAGCAAAAGUUUCUUUUGUCAUUUUCACGUAAUGUUUUGAGGCCCUUUGCUCCCUAACAGAGUACAUGUAUUGCAGACUAUAGAGUAGACGUUUUGGCUGUUUUCUUCAAUCAUUUUCUUCAUGUUCUCUUCAAAUUAAAAAACACUUCAUUUAAAGCUCCUAACUUUUUUCAUAUAUACCUUAUUCUCAAAUUCAAGCUUGGUCCUUUUACCUCCCAAUGGCUUCAAUCUCAGCUCAAGAGGCCUCCGAAUCACUCAAGUACAAGACAUGGGAUUUGAAAGUUUCCAUUCACUGUGAAGGUUGCAAGAGAAAAGUCAAGAAAACUCUUCAGAAAAUUGAUGGUGUUUAUACCACGAUUAUAGAUUCUCAACAACAAAGAGUUACAGUCACUGGUAACGUCGACGUUCAGAUCCUGAUCAAGAAGCUGGUAAAGACAGGAAAACGCGCCGAGGUUUGGAUAUCAUCAGAGAAAGAAAAAGAGAAAGUUUCGGGGAAAAUCAUGGUGAUGAAGAAGAAUAAGAAGAAGAACGAGGAAAAAGAGAAAGACCCAGAAAGCUUAAAGAACAAAGCUGUUAAUCCAAGUAACAAAACAGAAGUCAAUGCUACUGAAAACGCUGCAAAAAAUGAGAGUGAAAAGAAACAGAGUCAAGUUUCAGCCAUUAAAGGAAAGUCGCCGGAGGAGUCUCCCUCCGGCGAGGAGUCCGGCGCCGGUGAAAAGAAAGGUCAAAACAAGGUGAGUGUAGUGGAAGAAGGAGAAGUUAAUGGUGGUGGUGGUGGUGGGCUAAGUAAGAAGAAGAAAAAGAGAGGGCAAAAAGGUAAUUAUAACGAGAAUGGUAAUGUCAAUGGUGGGGGUUCAACGAGUAAUAAUACACCUGCAUGUAGAGGAUCUCAAAGUACAAGUCAAGCUAACCAUAGUCUACGUUAUACGUAUCCGUAUGGGUAUGGUCCAGUACCUACGUAUUACAGCACAAUGCAUCAUCCUAGCAAAACCCCAUCAUCACCGUACACGUGUGCAAAUACUCAUCAAGAGAUGAUGUAUGGCUCUUUUGAGAUCUUUAGUGAUGAAAAUGUAAACGGGUGUUUUAUCAUGUGACUUAGUCCCUUUAAAUUAGUAUUAGAACUAGUACUAUUUAUGCUUAGAUCAUAUUAGCAAAAUUUAAUCUUUCAAGUUUCAAUCCAUAAAAAAGAAAAUGAGAAAGAGUUUGGGUA